UAUUGAUAAAAUGGACUUUAAGUAAUUGUAUGAAGAAAUGUGUUAAAAAUAUUAAUAAAUGGAAGAAGAAUAUAAUCAAUUUAUAGAAGAAAGCCAAAUUUUAGAAGAUCAAUAAUAGAAAAACAUAGAGAUUUUAAAUAAACAACUUGCUUAGGCCUAAAAUUAGUUAUUGUAAUAAAAAGAAGAAACACUAAAAGCUAGAGUAAUAUUAAUUUAUAAUCUUUUAAGAACGAAUUAUAAUUGACUCAAAACUAACUAGAAAAGCAACUAACUAAAAAGGAAACUCAAAUUGCAGAAUUUUAAAAAACUGUGCAAACCUUGAAAUUAUAGAUUAUAGACUUAGAAGUUGAUCAAGACUAAAAUAAAAAUAAGAUUAGGUAUAAAGUGUUAUUAAACAUAGAUAGCUGGAAGAAACAACUAAAGAUUUAGAAAUUAAAUUAGACAAAGUCUUCGAGUAAUUAGCAAUUGCUUAAACUGAUUUAGAGGCUAAUAAAACUUAAUCUUAAGAAGAAAUUGAACGUCUAAAAUAGUCAUUAAAAGGUAUAUUGAUUAACAAUUUUAGAAAAUCAGGACGAGUUAUUUGCAGCAAAAAAUUAAAGAAUUAGUCUUACAACAUCUAUCCCAGAAGUUGUGAAAAUGCCUAAGAUUGAUUCUUUAAGAGCAAAUGCAGCUGGAUUUAAUAAAAGUCUAACUUUAAUAUAAGCUUUAAUUAAAGAUCUUGAUGAUAAAAUGACAUUAAUUAAAUAACCUAAGGCAUGA